UCCAAUUGCGCUUUGAGUCAAUGCCGCUAACCGAGAAUAUAGGUACCGUGUUGUUCUCUCACCGUCCAAGGACAAGGAUAUUUUGAUCACGCUGUAAGGAUUUAACCCGAUGGAGAAUCUGCGUACAAAGAUGGCAUCUGGUGCUGAAGGGGAACCGGGGGGAGGGAGGCUCGCACCCGUGAAAUCUGUCCCGUACCCCUGCUUGUGCGAGGAAUCAACUCGGGGUUUGAAAUCUAAGAGCCUUCCUACGCUCAACGACAGUCAGGCUCCGGAGGCGGAUCAGACUCUGCUGUCCGGUCCGCACGGCUCUCCCCGGACAGAGUGUCGUGAGCCGGAGGGUCGCGGUGCUGCUGCGCUCGUGAGGUUCCGACUGCCGCGGGUGCCGGUGCAACGCUAUGUGGACAGGAUCCUGUCGGACUCACGAUGCUUCUUGUUCUGCAUGUGUUACCUCACCUUUAUUCAGUCACUGAUGGUGUCCGGAUAUCUCAGCAGCGUCAUUACCACAAUAGAAAAGCGUUACAGUCUGCGGAGCUCAGAGUCAGGUCUGCUGGUCAGCUGUUUUGACAUCGGUAGUCUCAUUGUUGUGGUCUUCAUCAGCUACUUCGGUGGCCGGGGCCAAAGACCUCGCUGGCUGGCCAUAGGGGGCAUCUUCAUUGCAGUGGGAGCUGCCCUCUUUUCAUUACCUCACUUCAUCUCCCCACCCUAUCAACUGGAAGAACUGAACAGCACUGUAGGGGGUGAAGGACUGUGUGCCAGCGGGAACAGUAGUGGUCAGGAGAAGCAGACGCUGUCCAGGUGCCAGAGGGACCACGAGGAGAGUGAGCAUGCCCUGUACGUGGUGCUGUUCAUCUGCGCUCAGAUCCUAGUGGGAAUGGGUUCGACUCCCAUAUACACACUUGGGCCAACUUACCUGGAUGACAAUGUGAAGAAAGAGAAUGCAUCUCUGUACCUGGCUAUCAUGUAUGUAAUGGGAGCUCUUGGACCAGCUGCCGGGUAUCUGCUGGGUGGGAUUAUGAUCGGGUUCUACGUUGACCCUGGUACCACUGUCAGUAUUGAUCAGAGUGACCCACGGUUUGUGGGAAACUGGUGGAGCGGUUUCCUCCUGUGUGCUGUGGCAAUGCUGUUGGUAAUCUUCCCCAUGUUUUCCUUUCCUAAAAAACUUCCGCCUCGCCACAAGAAAAGUAAGAGGCAUGGGAAAAAGACUCCAGGCGAUGUAUCCAGUGAUGAUGAGAUGAUGAAGGAAAAGAGCCAGGCCGUCUCAUCCUCCAUGGGGUUUGGCAAGAACAUCAAAGAUUUGCCCAAAGCAGCAGUACGAAUUCUGAGCAAUGUGACCUUUUUUUUUGUGAGUUUGUCGUACACAGCGGAAUGUGCCAUCGUCACGGCUUUCAUCACUUUCAUUCCCAAAUUUAUUGAGUCUCAAUUCGGUGUCCCUGCCUCUAAUGCCAGUAUAUACACAGGUCUGAUCAUUGUGCCAAGUGCCGGUGUGGGUAUAGUUCUCGGUGGCUACAUCAUAAAGAAGCUGAAACUGGGUGCAAGAGAAGCAGCAAAGCUUGCCAUGAUUUGCAGCGGUGUGUCCCUUCUUUGCUUCUCCACGCUGUUCAUUGUCGGCUGUGAGAGCAUCAACCUCGGCGGAAUCAAUAUCCCGUACACCACCGGGCCCACGCUGACUCUGUCUCACCGGAACCUGACGGGAAGCUGUAACGUCAACUGCGGCUGCAGGAUCCACGAGUACGCACCUGUCUGCGGCUCGGACGGCAUUACGUAUUUUAACCCGUGCUUGGCUGGCUGCAGCAACAUUGCCAACUACACCGCAGGAAUCAGAAACUAUUCAGACUGUGCGUGCGUUCAGAGCAGACAGGUCAUCACUCCGUCUGGCGGAAACCACGAGCUGCAGGUGGUGAUCGUGAAGACGUAUCUGAACGAGAACGGUUAUGCGCUGGCGGGAAAGUGCGAACGCACUUGUGGAACGCUCUUAACCUUCCUCAUCUUUCUCUUCAUCGUCACUCUCAUAACCGCCUGUGGGCAGCCGUCUGUCAUCAUCGUUACGCUCAGGUCAGUGGAUGAGGAGGACAGGCCUUUUGCUCUAGGAAUGCAGUUUGUUCUUCUCAGGACUCUCGCUUACAUCCCCACUCCAAUUUAUUUUGGAGCUGUGAUUGACACCACCUGUAUGUUGUGGCAGCAAGACUGCGGUUUCCAUGGAUCCUGCUGGGAGUACGAUGUCACAUCCCUUCGAUUUGUUUACUUUGGGCUGGCAGCGAGCCUGAAGUUCCUGGGCUUCCUCUUCAUCUUCCUCACCUGGUAUUCGCUGAAGCACCGCGAGGAGCAGACGAACACGCAUCCGCACACUCUUUCUCCGCUGGACACGGUGAGCCACCUCAUCUGCCACGCCGGAGGACACAAAGGCCACGCCCGCACACGCUCUUGUCCUGUCUUCCUGCCACGCCCGCCUGAACACACCCACGCUGCAAUGCCAAGUGGGCACUCCCUUAGCCGUGGUAACAGUUGCCCUGGCAAUGGCCUGAAAGCAAUAACUCCACCAAUACGGUCUCUUGAGAAAGUGGGAGUCUGAGAGGAGUGGAACCACACACCAGUACACACGCAUGCAAACUCAUACAUCAUACAAUUCUGAAGGAUGAGUGUGAAGGUGCUCACACCACAUUGCUUAUAGCCAUUGCUGGUGCCUUUUUUUAAACACACAGACACUUCAAGUAGAUCUCAACACAGUCAAUUUGUAAAGCACUGAUUAGUUCUAAAACCUUUUUAGACAGAAUACCUCAGCAGGACAAAUACCUCUCAUCAUAUCUCCAUGUCCUGUACGUGUCAUGUAGGUCGCCGCGCACACGCUCAUCCUAGCAGAUAAUUAUAGUUACAUGCUCAUCUCAUUUUUGAAAACAGAGAAAGGGAAAGAGACUGCAGACUUUACUAUGCAAACUCCUCCCAUAGCACAUCCAACAUAUAUUAGCUCCACCCACCCUACAUACCUUUCUUACAGUCAUAUUAUCUCCAAAUCAUGUAAGCCCUUUUCAACGCUCAAGUCUUCACCCGACAUGUUAACGUUCCGCAAACGGAAUUUUUCCCCAUAUCGCUAACUCCACCUCAAUCAUAUUAGCCCUCCCACACUGCAAACUCCUCCCACAGCACGGUCUCCAUGCAAACCAUAUUAACAUAGUAGUUAGAAACUUACUGAGGGGGGUUGAGAGAUGAAACCAAUUGUACCAGAUUUUUGCUCUUUUCCUGAUUUAUGCCACUUAUUUUUCAACCGUUUUCGCUUGAGUGUCUGACAUUUAUAUAUUUCUUUGUGACCUAAUUGUCUUACCGUUUGACUUUUGUGCAUCAUAUCAGUAUUCAUGUCACCUUCCCUUGGUCUUGAUUGCAUCUGAUUUUGGUGGUCAACCGUCAUCUGUGUAAAUGACAUAUACAGAAAACAUGCACCACAUAUCAGCGAAACAUCAUCUCAUCAAAUUUCUAAAAACUUUCACACUCACAUCUUCUGCUAUCAAGUAUUAGUGGUGUUCAUCAUGACAGGGUUAUUAUAAAACAUUUGAUAACUGUCUGGACCAGCUUUAAACAGAAACCAGUUGAUCAUGAUAUGACUCCAAUAGAAACAGAGCAUAAUCUACACAUUUACUUGACUACAGGUGAUGAAAUGUUUUUUCCUCUCCUUUAUUCCAAACCCUUCUUUUGUUAUUGUGCUCUGUUUGUGAACAAAUGAUGCAUUAAUGCAAUUAUUUAUUUGAAGGUGUGCCUGGGUUUGGUUAUCAAUAGCAAACCUGGAGAAAUUAUUUACUAACUGUUCUGGUUUACAUGUACAUAUAUAAAUAAUUGAUUUGUGUCAA